CAUCCCACUUGGCAGCGGGUGCGCGGGAAGUUCAGCGCGCGAGUUCCGGGUUUCCCGCCAGCCGCCAGCCCACCCCCCCGCCGGCCGCAGCCCGGGUGAGCCCCCAGCCCCAGCUCGGCCGCAGCCUGCUGGGCCGCCUCCGUCGGUCGGUCCGCUCCCCCUCCCCCCACCCGCCCAUCCUCAGGCGCCGCGCGGGGCCGGCCGCGCCGAGAGUGGCCGGGGUUUGUCAGGGCGCCCGCAGCCCGCGUUGGCCCCGGUCGCGCUUCGGCGGCGGGGCUUCCACUACUCGGCCCCGGGCGGGUUCGGGUCUCGCCGGGGCCCUGCGCCCUCCGCCCACACUGCGCGGCCGGAGCAGCAGCCUCUAACGCCACUUGUGGAGUUCUUCCCCCAGCGGCGGUAACUUUACACCAGCCUGAGAGAGGCCUAUUUUUAUUCAGAAACCAGCAACCAGAGUGUACGUAGAGAACGCUCAGAUGGAGGGCCAGCCCACCCCUUGAAGAUUUCUCACAGAUCGGUGGGGAAGGGACGUCUUGCCCUACUAGCCUUUCUUUGAGAUUUCAAUAUUCUGCGGCCGUCCUACAAUUAGAGCGGAAUUGGUUGCUCGCGGGGGCGGGGAGCUUUUUGAUAAGCUGUUGCCCUAACCUGGCGGAGCGGACGCUGAACCCCACCUCUUCUCGGCCUCUAAGCCCUGAUCCUGAGGCCGUCACGCAAAAGCCCGGCCCAAACCGUGGCCUGGUCACCUUCCUGCUGGAAUCGUUCCAAGAGCUGUAGGGACGGGCUCACGGUGGGGAGGAGCAAAGAGAUGAAUGUAGCAGCCAAGUACCGCCAGGCAUCCCUGUAUGUGGGUGAUCUCAAUGCAGAUGUCACCGAGGACCUGCUGUUCAAAAAGUUCAGCACUGUGGGGCCUGUGCUGUCCAUCCGCAUCUGCAGGGACCUGGUCACCCGCCGCUCCCUGGGCUAUGCCUACGUGAACUUUCUGAAGCUGGCCGAUGCCCAGAAGGCCCUGGACACAAUGAACUUUGACAUGAUAAAAGGCAAACCCAUCCGUCUCAUGUGGUCUCAACGUGAUGCCUACUUAAGGAAAUCAGGCAUUGGGAACGUGUUCAUCAAGAAUCUGGACAAAUCUAUUGAUAACAAAACCCUUUACGAACAUUUUUCAGCUUUUGGGAAGAUCCUGUCCUCCAAGGUGAUGAGUGAUGAUCACGGCUCUAGGGGCUAUGCAUUUGUGCACUUCCAGAACCAGAUCGCGGCCGACAGGGCCAUCGAGGAGAUGAAUGGGGCCCUGCUUAAGGACUGCAGGCUGUUUGUUGGCAGAUUCAAAAACCGUAAAGAUCGGGAAGCCGAGCUCCAAAACAAGGUCAAUGAAUUCACCAAUGUUUACAUCAAAAACUUUGGAGAUGACAUGGACGAUGAGAGACUGAAGGAAGCUUUUAGUAAAUAUGGCAAAACCCUGAGUGUUAAGGUCAUGACAGAUUCCAGUGGGAAAUCCAAAGGCUUUGGCUUUGUGAGUUUUGAUAGCCAUGAGGCUGCCAAAAAGGCUGUUGAAGAAAUGAAUGGAAAGGACAUAAACGGACAGCUGCUUUUUGUAGGCCGGGCGCAGAAGAAAUCAGAGCGGCAGGCUGAGUUAAAGCAAAUGUUUGAGCAGCUGAAACAGGAAAGAUUUCGGAGAUGCCAGGGCAUGAAGCUCUAUAUUAAGAACCUCGAUGAUACCAUUGAUGAUGAAAAACUGUGGAGGGAAUUUUCUUCGUUUGGGUCAAUUAGCAGAGUCAAGAUAAUGCGGGAAGAAGGGCGAAGCAAAGGGUUUGGCUUGAUCUGCUUCUCCUCUCCUGAGGAGGCCACUAAAGCAAUGGAUGAGAUGAAUGGCCGAAUCUUGGGCUCUAAGCCACUCUGCGUUGCCCUGGCCCAGAGGCCCUAGGAGUGAAAAAAUUCCUGCACCAGCCAGUGUUUGCAGCAGGCGUGCGCAUGAUAGUGAUCUCUGCCUUUGAAUUAUCCUCAGAAAAUUUCAAAUUCCAGCUGAUGGCCGCUUAGUUUAGUAAACUUUGUGAUAAAGGUUUUGUAUACAAAGCUAUUUUUUCUUGUGUGGAAAAAUAAAUGAAUCUUGGAAGCUUGAUUCAUUUUACAGAGGCACAUCUUCUAAUUACAGUAUUGUAUAUUUCUCUGAUUUUGAUUUAGUAUUAAAAGCAAUAAGUAUAAUUAGAUAUAUUUUUAUUACAUUUUGAACCAUCUGAAGUGAGGUAAUUAUUUGAGCUUAUUUCAUAUUUUCUUUCUUAUUUUAAUAAUAUUGCUAGCUUUAAUUUCUUCUAUGAAAAUAUAAGCUAAAAAUAGUUCUUAUACCUAAGGAUCACAAAGUAUUUAUUUUUACAAACAGAAAUUUUCUAAUUUCUCCUCUAAGCUUUUUAAAGAAACCAAAGGUUUAAGAAUUGCUAGUAUAAAUUCAGUAUCUAAUUUCAUUUUGAAUUAAUGUUUAAAGUACUAGGAAAUAGUUGAAUUUCUUUUGAAUUUGUAUCCUGACAUGUUGUUUUUCUGAUGGCUGAAAUUAAUGAUGGAGGUUUUUAAUGUUGCCUACAAACCUGACUUAUAGGAUAUUUUGCUCUUCUUUCCAUUGGUAGACUAUAUAUAAUUCAUGUGCUUGCUAGUUAUCAAAACUGGGACUUGAAUAGUAAAACCUUAACUUCUAUAUUCCUUAAGUUAUAAACUUUUAUCAAUAAGAUGACAAAAAGUUGGCUUGGUCUUAAUUCUCUUCAUACCUAUACAGGUUAGUAUUAAGACUUAAGUUUCUACCAGACACCAAUAUUAUAAAAGUCAUAUAUAGAGAAUAUAGAAAUUCUGUUUAACAAUUCUUUUUCAAUCUCUAUUUUAUAUUGUUCGAUGUAAUGAUAUUAUCUCAGGGUUCAGAAAAGUAUGUUUCUUUAUUUUUAUGAACUCAUCUCUUUUUAUUAGAAUACAAGAGAUACCUAACCCAUUAAGAUUCAGUUUUAGCCUCCAUUUAUCAGAAGCUCGCUAAUUUUCUGAUAAAUUGAAAUUACAUCAAUUUGCCUGUUUUCUAGAAUAAUAUUUUAGUCCCAUUGCAGACCUCCCUCUCUCUCCUACCCUUGAUCUAUAUUACUCAACUUUGUUUUAUACUUUUUUAAAAAGGAUUUUAUUAUAUUGAUUUUUACUAUAUGCUAUUUGAAAUCCACCUUGGAAACAGAGACGAGAGUUAUUCAUUUACAUUUAAAUAAUUACUUUUAAAAUUCUGUUUUACCAGAGGUGUCUGGAGAAUAGCUUUGCUGUUCUUGUUGUUGCUAUUUUAUUUUAUUUUUUUUUUUUCUCUGCUUAGAGGUUUCCUGUAACCAUAUAUUAAAGUCUUCUGUUUCUUAUAUUACCAGUACAAAAGAUAUAUUAAAAGAUUUUCUUUGGCAAUACUUUA